AUGAUUCGCAUUAUGUGGAAGUAUCAAAUGCGUGUUGCUAGUCGCACGGGUGCUUAUCUGAGCCGAAACUUGAACGGGCAGAGCUUGGUUCGUGCGCCUGUGCUGAUUCGCUAUUUUGCGUCGCAACAACAGCAGCGUCCCUCCGAUGGUGAACAGAUGAGCAAGGAGCAAGCUGAGCUUUUGCGCUUAUUGCGAGAAAGUGAAUCUCUGGAUAAUAAAAAGGCUUUUUCGCGUGUUCCAGAGCAGUCACUAGGUCUGGCUGGUGUGGCUCUGUCUCAAGGUGCAGCAUCAGCAAGCACCCGUCGCAUCGACAAAUGGACGGGCUUUGGUAAAAAGUGGCGCGACCUUAGUGGGGGGCAAAAAGCGGCGCGGGCGACUGUCAACACCUCGCGCUUUUUUGUUGUUAGUUUUGGUGCUCUGCUCACAUUUGUGGUGGGAUAUUCGCUCACAUCCGAGCUGUUUGCACGCAACAGUCCGACGGUAAUUUACAAUGAAGCUUGCAAGGUGAUCCAGAAAAGCGACAAGGUGCAUGAUCACUUGCUGGAGCCGUACCGAUUUCACACAUCGUUGGCUCAUGGCGACUUUUCGCCGCUGAAUCUGCCCUCGCACCCACACAAUGCGACGAAUUCAGUGCAUUCUUCGCGCUUCAUAGACCCGAGGUCGGGUCGCGAAACCAUGUUUCUUCACUUCUUUAUCGAAUCUCGUGAUAAAGAUAAGCCGCUCGGAUAUUGGCAGUUUGUGCGGUCGUCCAUCGUGUCUGGCGCGCAAUGGCUCAAGACACAGGCGAUCGAGGGCGGUAAUAAGGCCUAUGUGUGGUGGCAAGAGCAGACGCGGGAACCAACAGACGCUUCAUCAGACCAAGCCUUGGCACCUGAACCCAAGCUUCCUCCACAGCCAUGGUGGAUCACAAGAAAACUGCGCGGCGCCGUGCAUGGUGUGGGCGAAAUUAUUGGCAAGACGAGCGACGCCGUGGGUAUGUCAUCACUCGACUUUGCCGCAGCCAAGCCGGUGCCAGGCACAUGGACGAGUGGUGAAGUUUAUAUCGAGCUUGUGAAGGAUGACAAGGAUACCUUCCAGUACAAACACUUUACGAUUGAUAUCCCGAAUUCGCGGUCCCCGUUACGGCGCCGACUGCACUUGGAUCAGCGGCAUGACGGCGUGCCGAUUAGGUAG